AUGAGAAAAUUAUCGUUUUUAUCGAGUGCUAAUCAUUCCAACACGUUGUUUUUCUUCCCCAAAUGGACUCGUAAUGUGGUUAUAUCAGCAACCAGUAGUAAUGUACCACGAUUACAACGAUCCAAAAAGAUCGUCGUAAUAAUGGGUGCCACUGGUUGUGGAAAAUCAAAACUCUCUAUCGACCUCGCUACUCAUUUCUUCCCAUCUAUCGAAGUCAUUAACUCCGAUAAAAUCCAAGUUUACAAUGGUUUAGACAUUACAACAAACAAAAUUUCAAUGAAUGAACGUUGCGGUAUCGUUCAUCAUCUUCUCGGAGAGUUCAAAUCUACUGAAUCACAGCCGGAGUUUACCCCUUCCGAUUUCCGAUCAGCUGGAGAUUUCAGAAUCAACGAAAUCGUUAAUCGAGGGAAAAUCCCUUUUAUUGUAGGUGGGUCAAACUCAUUCAUCUAUGCUCUGUUAGUAAAACGAUUCGAUUCACGAUUCGACAUUUUCGAAUCGUUAAAUCCGGUGAGUGAGGAGCUUCGUUACCAGUGUUGCUUCAUCUGGGUUGAUGCUAUUGCACCUGUAUUGAAUCAGUAUUUAGAUAAACGAGUUGAUGAAAUGCUCGAUUCGGAGAUGUUUGAAGAGCUAAAAGAGUAUUUCGAGAAAGAGGGGUUUUCCGAUUCCGGUUCCGACGGGAUCCGGAAGGCUAUAGGAGUACCGGAGUUCGAGAAAUACUUUAAAGGGAAGAUAUCGUACGAAGAAGCAGCCAUGGAGAUAAAGGAGAACACAAGGGUAUUAGCAGAAAGACAGGUGAAGAAGAUAAUGCGGUUGAGAGAAGGUGGAUGGAACAUACAAAGAGUGGAUGCAACAGAAACGUUAACGGCGAAAAUGGUGUCGGAAAAAAUGGCCGGCGGCGAGAAUCCGGCGGGGAAAAUAUGGGAAGAAGAGGUACUGAAACCAAGUGCCAAGAUUGUGAAGCAGUUCUUGUUGGAGUAG